AUGACUUAUGCUGUUCAUCUCGGUGAACUCGAUGUAGGUGUGGAUAGGUCCCUGUGCAGUGUACCUGAUGGAGUUGUACCUGGAAAUGAAGGCAUCAUCAGAAAUCCAGCUCAUUCAGGGCAAAGCUACAACCACAAUGAUGUUGGUGUGGCUAUAUCAGUGUGCAAAAAUCCUCUACAGGUGUCUCUUAGGAUCAGAGGAUCGCAUUUCUGUGCUGCAGCCAUCUUGACAGACCACUGGCUUUUGACUGCUGCUCACUGCUUUGCAAGUGUAUCCACGGACUUCCUGCACAAGAUUGAGGCUGUGGCAGGUGAAUUCAACCAAAGAAAAGUUGACAGAGGGGAGCAGAACUUCCACGUAAGGACUGUAAUGUUCCAUGAAAAAUAUCAACGCACCUCUCCCAUGAGCUACGACAUCGCUUUGAUUGAGAUCAGUGGACGCAUUCACUUUGGUGAUUUCAUUAAGCCUGUUUGUCUGCCUCAUCCUGGUGAGAGGUUUCCACCCAAGACCAUGUGUGUUGUUGGUGGAUGGGGUCGUAUUACUGAGAGAGGGCCACUUCCAUCAGUUCUUCAAGAGGUGCAUCUGGACCUGUUAGAGCAAAGCAAGUGCAAACAUGUCCUGCAAACACUUAGACCUGGGCAGAAGACCUUCACAGUCCUGUGUGCUGGCCCAGAGACAGGUCGGAGAGAUGCCUGCCAAGGGGAUUCUGGGGGUCCUCUCCUUUGCUCCAGAGCAGAUGGAAGCUGGGUGGCUGUGGGGGUCACGUCAUGGGGUAAGGGCUGUGGUCGAAGCUGGAAUGACAACAAGAACAAACCAUCAUCCAGAAGAGGCUCACCUGGAGUAUUCACUGAUGUCUUAAUGUUUCUGCCAUGGAUCAAGUCAAAUCUAAGGAAAGAACUCGAUGUAGGUGUGGAUAGGUCCCUGUGCAGUGUACCUGAUGGAGUUGUACCUGGAAAUGAAGGCAUCAUCAGAAAUCCAGCUCAUUCAGGGCAAAGCUACAACCACAAUGAAAUGUGUUUGUGGUCCAUUCGAGUUGCUGCUGGUGAACAUAUUCUUCUGGAGUUCCUAGAGUUUGACCUGGAGAAUGACACAGAGUGCCAAAGUGAUCAUCUGACGGUGUAUGUGGAUGAAGACAGGCGAAUAGGGCAAUUCUGUGGCAGUCAAUCUCCAUCUCCGAUUCUUAUUGGAGGUUCCCAUAGUGUCACAGUGCAAUUUGUAUCUGAUGUGAGCAGAACAGGUGCAGGAUUUGCCAUCCAGAUCAGUGGUGUUGGCGAGGACUACAGUUUUGGGGAUGAAUGUGGAACAGUGGUGCUGUUACAGCCCAAGGGGGCUGUGCAGAGCCCCGCCUACCCGCAAGCCUACAGCAACAACACCCUUUGCCGCUGGGUCAUCUAUGCCCCAGAAGGCCACAUAGUCAAGCUUGACUUUGAAGACUUUGACCUUGAGGAGUCUGAAAACUGCAAAUAUGAUUCACUCACAGUGUUCGGAGACGUUGAUGGCAAAGAUGAAAUAGUGGUUGUAUGUGGCAGGAGCGUCCCUCCAGCUGUUCUCAGCCACAACCGCAUAAUGCUUCUGCAGUUCAGCACAGAUAACACCAUCUCCGCCCGUGGUUUCAACGCCACCCUUUCCUUUAUCAGCGAAAAAGAUCUCCAAAAUACAGCGUAUGAAGAUCAGGGGGAGGAAGCAGAUGAUGACAGCGAAGUUAUCACGCCACAUUCGCAGGCUGGUUUGUCCUUUGUGCUCUCCACAGUGCUUCAAAAGAGGCUCCUUGUCUCAGAGGGACUUUCUCUGUGUGGAAUGCCUGAUAUCUUUGCUGCCUGUGGACUGGAGACCCUGAGGAGAGAAGAGGAUGAUGGGAAACUGCCAUGGCUGUGGCACGUGAGCAUUGGUCUGGGUGAAGGCCAUGACUGCAGUGGGGCGCUCAUCCAGUCACAAUGGAUUCUUACUGAUGCACACUGUGUCAAUGAUCUGGAAGAAAGACUUCUAAGAAUUUUAUCAGUGAAGAUAGGAGGCUCAAAGAAACAGGUAAAUGAGAUCUCUUUUCAGACCUGUGAUGUGAUCAGAGUGCACAUAAACCCUUAUUACAACCCAUCCUCUCCUGAAUAUAAUGUGGCUUUGCUUCAGUUGAGCUCUCUGUUAAAUCUCAGUGAAAGCGCACAUCCUGUCUGUCUACCCUCUGCUGGACACCCUCCCUCUGCUGCUGGGCUCCGGCGUGGGCCAGCCAAAUGUUGUAUGUCACCUGUCUUCCUUCACGUGUUGACCAUUGUGAUAGUUGAACUUUCAGAACUUGAAUGUCACUUGAAUGACAUCAUAUUCUCUGUUGCACAUUUUGCUCUCUGUGGAUCUUUAGGUGAAUAUUAUGCACUUUUUUUAGCAGGACAUGGGCAGUACAGACCUGUAAGGCUAAAAAUAUCUGUGCUGGAACAAGCGGUGUGUGAACAACAACACAGAACUAGGUUGACACCUACUUUACUGUGUGCUGGACUGAGCAGUGGAGAAUCAUGCAUGGUGAGGAGCUGUACUGUAAACUACACUGAACACUUACUGUUUACUACUAGGGAAUGUAAUUGAAGAAAUACUGACCCCUAGUGGGUAAGUUCAGCAAUGAGGCUAUAUGCUUUGAUGAGCUCUGUCCCAAACAAUGCUUGAUGUGUACUUGUGGAUUUGUAUGCAGAGGUGAUCAAUGAGGGCG